CUCGUGGCCCCGCCCCCCGCUGGCCCUAUAAGAUGCAGGCUCUCGCCACCCGCAGCAGCCUGACUUCAGCGCUCCGACUUUUGGCCCGCCCUUCAUGGCCACCCGCGCCGCCAUGGAUCUCACUGCCAUCUACGAGAGCCUCUUGUCGCUGAGCCCUGACCUGUCAUCGGACCACGGAGGAACUGAGUCCUCUGGACUCUGGAGCCUGAACUCAUCUGACUCCAGCUCGUCCGGGGUCACCUCCCGCCUGCCUGGUCGCUCUACCAGCCUGGUGGAGGGCCGCAGCUGUGGCUGGGUGCCCCCACCCCCUGGCUUUGCACCCCUUGUUCCCCGCCCGGGCCCUGAGCAGUCGCCCUCACCCACUUCGCCUACUGCGACCCCUACCACCUCCUCCCGCUACAAGACUGAGCUGUGUCGGACCUUCUCAGAGAGUGGGCGCUGCCGCUAUGGGGCCAAGUGCCAGUUUGCCCAUGGCCUGGGUGAGCUGCGCCAGGCCAAUCGCCACCCCAAGUACAAGACGGAACUCUGCCACAAAUUCUACCUCCAGGGCCGCUGCCCCUACGGCUCACGGUGCCACUUCAUUCACAACCCCAGCGAGGACCUGGCGAACCCUGGCACCCCCCAUGUGCUUCGCCAGAGCAUCAGCUUCUCUGGCUUGCCCUCUGGCCGCCGAACCUCUCCACCACCACCAGGCCUGGCAGGUCCUUCCCUAUCCUCAUGUUCCUUCUCGCCCUCCAGCUCCCCACCACCACCUGGGGACCUUCCACUUUCACCUUCUGCCUUCUCUGCUGCCCCUGGGACCCCUGUGGCCCGAAGGGACCCCACCCCAGCCUGUUGCCCCUCUUGCCGAAGAGCCACUCCUGGCAGCAUCUGGGGGCCCUUGGGUGGCCUGGCUCGGAGCCCUUCUGCACACUCCCUGGGAUCCGACCCUGAUGAAUAUGCCAGCAGUGGCAGCAGCCUGGGGGGAUCUGACUCGCCUGUCUUUGAGGCUGGGGUUUUUGUGCCACCUCAGCCACCUGCAGCCCCACGACGACUCCCUAUCUUCAAUCGCAUCUCUGUUUCUGAGUGACAAGUGCCUGCCUAGUACACAUCAGCUGGAUCUCAAGGGGAGACACUUGUGCUGUGGGAAACUGGGGGAUUCCUAAUUUAAUCACGUGGCCCUCCCCCCACAUUCCAUAAUGCAUUAACCCACUCCCCGCGCCACCCUGGGGCAGGUCCCCAGUGUGCAAACUCAGUGUUCAUGGUGUUGGGUGACAGUGUUUUCUGAGGUUCUUAAAAACAUGUAGCAUAUUUGAGGGAACCAGUGAGCCCUCUCCUCUGCCCAGCUCUGUCUCCUGGACUCUGUGCUGUGAAUAGUAGGCCCCUAUGGUCCCCUCCCGUUUUUUUUCCUAGUCCCGAGGUUCCAGUGUUUGGUGAUUGGAGCCUCCCCGAGGGAGAAUCCUGGUGCUCAAAUUUCCCUCCACAAGCAAGUAGCCAAAGUCAUUGCCAAAUCCCUCCUCCCAAGCCAGUGGGCCCUUUAUUUAUGACGACUUUAUUUAUUCUAAUAAGAUUUUAUAGUUAUUUAUAUAUAUUGGGUCGUCUGCUUCCCUUGUAUUUUCCUUUUUGUAAUAUCAGAAACAAUGGUAUAAUUAUUGUAAGUAUGCUAUAAUAAUAUAUUAAUAUAUAUUAUCUA